UUAUAGUUUAACUUUGAGGUACUAUAAUUUAGUUUAUGUGUAAUUAAUUCCCCCCAAAAACAUGGCGAUCACUAUCAAAGCACGAUCAAAUCUUUCGUCGGAACGAUAUAAAGCAAUUUUACGAUGCCUUUCAAACAAACCAUAAAUCUGUAGCGGGGAAAACCCCCCCUCACGAUCAUGGAUUUUUUGGAACUCUUGGUUUCUGUGCGAUCUUUUCUCCUUUUUCUUUGUAAUCGAGCAGAGCACUUUCAUUAAGGCAGGUCAAUAUUACACACAAUCGAGACCUUCAGCGUUUCUGCGAACGCGGAGGAAAGGAUGUGCGACAAAUGUUUCGAUUAUAUCAAUUUGUCUCCACUGUCGGCAGUCAGUCAGUCAGUAAAGCCCCAGACGUACGAUCGUGCAGCUGGCUGGCAGGCUAGUAGGUGAGCUAGUGCGACAAACGUUGGGAUCAGCUGCUGCACCGCGAAAUAUUGAAGUUUUGGCGACUAGCAACAGCAUGGAGUACGCAACAAACCUUUCGGACACGCAUCUGCAGGUGGCCCCGUUGACGCUGGCAAACAUGUCAACGAGUGUAUCACCGACGAUCGCUUUCAACUACCUCGAACGCACGUGGAACUGUCUGCUUGAUGUGAUAGGUGAAGAUCCUGAUGUGCUGUACAUAUGGUUUCUUAUCGCCUACGUGUACGGUCUGUUCUGGAUCGUGGGCCUGGCGUUCGUCACGAUGGACCUAACCGGGCGACCACAGUGCCUGCGGAGGUACAAAAUACAGCCAGGCAAGAAUGAGCCCCUGCCGUGGAACCGGUUCAGGCAGCUCGUCCUGACCGUGCUGCGCAACCAGCUCCUGUACGGCAUACCGACCAGCUACUUAGUGUUUCACAGUCGCAAACUGUGGAUGACCGACGAUAUACCCCCGGUGCGGAUACUUCCUCCGCUCUACACCAUCGCACAGGACCUGCUCGUGUGUAUCCUGUGCUGGGAGAUCGGUUACUACUACACGCACCGGUUGCUGCACAGCCGGCUGCUGUACCGACACUUCCACAAGCAGCACCACGAGUGGGGUGCACCGGUUGCGCUGGCCGCGAUGUACUCCCAUCCGGUGGAGUUUGUCCUGAGCGAUCUGCUGCCCGUGUAUGCCGGGUCGGCAAUAAUGCGCAGUCACGUCUUUACGAUACUGAUUUGGUUCACGUACGUAACGAUCGACACCCUGGCCGACCAUUCCGACUACCAUCUGCCGUUUCUGGCCAGCUCCGAGUUUCAUGACUACCAUCAUCUGAACUUUAACCAGUGUUACGGCAACUUUGGACUGUGGGACAUCGUGCACGGUACGGCGGACGAGUUUCUGAAGAAAAAACAAUUCCGACGACACCGUCGGCUGUUCACCCUACGGUCGGCCCGGGAAUGGAUUCCGGAUACGGAGACGUAGCAUCAGCUUAGCUUGUCCACCAUGCCAAAUUUUAACGGUUUUUUAGUAAUAAAAAACUUAAUUAUAUGUUACCAAAAAAAAACAGAACAAACGAUACACGCUGUGUAAGCUGCUUAUGCGCCUUAGCUUAUUCACACAUAUUUCAAGAUCAUCCAGAAGGUAUUCACGCUUCAUAUAAAUGUCCUUACCGAAAUAUCAACAAACAAAGAAAUUAAACUAUG